AUGCCUCCUCCUCCUCCCACACAACGAGCUGCCCCUUCUCAGCAAGCUCCACUGUCUCAACGCGUGCCCGUUCUCUCUCAACGAGCAACGGUAUCCAAUCAGGCGCCGACUCUAGGGACAAUACGCUCAUCUCUCGCCGCUCAAUCUGCCCGUCCACCCUCCUCUCAACCCGCUCGCUCUGUUCUUCCACCCUCUUCUCAACCUCGUCCGCGUCCCGCAGCUGCAUAUCCUCCCAUCCUCCCAUCUUCGACUUCAAUUGUCAGUCGUCCUGGAUCUGUCCCGGUCUAUCAACCUCCUACCCCCUCCCCCAGUCUAUUGGGAAGCGUAUCCGGGAGACAUGUGGUCGACUCCUACCGUCCUCCCUCGGCGCAGAGCCAGGGAUCAUCACACCGAUUGGGCGUGGAAGGAAGUGGGGGACCAAAGUGGGGAGAGCAAAUCAUGGUGUUCCUCGAGGCCCAAGAACAAAACAGGGUCAUCCAACAUCGCGAUUCAGUGCGGGGAAUUGAAGCACUACAUGAAGACAUUCGAACCCUCUUCGAGGGACAAGCAUCCCUACAUGACGAUAACCGCGCCUUGCGAAACGAAGUCAAACUUCUCCGUGAAGCAAACGUCGAUUUAAGUCACAAACUCGAACGUCUCCUGGAGCAGUUUGGUCAGCACGGCCGAGACAGUCCCGAUAUCAAAGACCAGAUAGAGGAGCUCCGAAAUGACAUUCACGAACUUCACAUCGAGCAGAAAGCGAUCCCGAACAAGGACGAGCUUGUAGAGGAGCUCCAAGUACAAUUCUCUACACCAUUGUCGGAACUUUUGGGCAACAUUGGACGAGUGCUCGAAAUCUUGGAGUCAUUGAAAGAAAUGCAUCGCGCAACCAAUGAAGCACGGUCGAUGGACAUGACGCGAUCAACGGACCAUACGUCCUCAAUGAAUAAUGCGCCAUUGACGAAUAACGAUACUCUGUCGACAAACAAUCCAGCAGACACCACUUCCCCUCGAUCCUCUCCCCAAACUGAAGUCCGGUCUCUGGUCCGUUCUAUCAAGGACUUAGGGCAGCAAGUCAAGGAACUCCCUCAAUGGGUUCUCGCGGCUCUUCGUACCACUCCACUCCCUCCUGCCAGUAUUCUCACCGAGGUUCACGGUUUUAUCACGGAUCUUCAAGAACGUCUGAAAGUGCAAGCUGUGACAUCAAAACACAUGCAGGCUGAUGUCUCGGUGAUGGAGAACCUCAUGGAGGGGAUGUUGAACGAGAUGAAAAUACUUCGGAUUGCAACAAAGGUGGGAAGUACCGGAUCGACUGCGCCCACGGAACGCGUAGUACACGUCGCUCAGAAUCAGAGGGAAGCUGCGGAAAACUCGCAGGCGACUGCUCAGAAGGAACCGACGAAAAACUCGCAGCCGACUGAACAGAAUGAUCUGCAAGAGGUCCCUUCCGAACAUCCAGCUGCUCCCCAUACUCCCUCCGAUCUCCUUUCUCUCAACACAAACUCUUCUGGACAUGGCGAGACCGACAGUGACCCUUAUGCUUACGUGGACAAACAGACAAAUGUCACAACAGCCAAGAGGCCAACAAAAAAACAGGCCGUCUAUGCUAAAACGAAGACGCCGGCUGAAGGAAAGAAGACAUCGCCACAAGCUCAACAGACCACCAGAAAGAAGCGUGUACCAGCAGAACCACUUUUGACUCAGAACCUCGGGUUUCGGCGGGAGACAAGAAGGGCAUCCGCUGAAAGACUUCGGAGGGAAGCGGCGGCAAGAGAGAUUAUUGAUCUGGCGUCGUCGUCCGAGGCAGCUAACCCGUCAAAUACUGUUGAUGAUCUAGCAAGUCUGUCAACCCCCGUGCUUGCCAACGACGGGCAACCUAGAGCUCGCGAGGAGAGUGGAUCGCACGGGCAGACAGGUCCCAGCGGAGAGAGCCUAGAGAAGGAGAAGAAGAGAACAUAG